AUGAGUGCCAAUUCAGUAAACGCUUUUUCCAUCCAAUUCAAUCGGUAUGCAUCAAUUGUCAUCUUCAUCUCGGGUGUCAUUGGAAAUACGUUAAAUAUCGUCGUUUUCACACGCCCACGACUCUUCAAUAAUCCAUGUUCGACCUAUUUCUUCUGGUCAUCGAUUGCCAACAUCAGUGUACUACUCUUCGGGUUAGUUUCCCGUUUCUUAUCGGACGGUUUCGGCAUUGAUCCUGUCUCCAACAAUUUGGGCUUUUGUCGAUUUCGAUAUUAUGUGCUUCACUCCUCGAUGGUUCUCUCGUCUUGGCUUACUAUUCUUGCUGGCAUUGAUCGGUAUUGCAUCAGUUCGAGAAGUGCUCAUCGACGACAACAGAGUAAUUUAAAGAAUUCGCGUUAUCUUGUUGCUGUGACGGCAUUCAUUAUUCUGGCGGGAUAUUCACACGCAUUGGGAUUGUUCACAAUUGAACAACUGCGAACUGGUCCAUCGUGUUACGCACAAGCGGGCACUUAUAGAGUCUUCUAUGAUUUCUUUUAUUUCGCUACUUACAGUUUUACGCCACCGAUUGUUAUGAUCGGUGUUGGCUUGGCAACAUAUUACAACAUUCAUCAGCUGCGAUCACACAUCGCACCAAUGUCUAAUAAUGAAAAAAAUCAUAGUUAUUUAAGAAAACGCGAUCGACAAUUGCUCAAGAUGACUCUACUUCAAUUCAUAUGUGCAGUGAUUUUGACUUUACCAAUCGCUGUUCAAAAACUCUACGCCACUUUUACACAAAAUGCUAACAAAGAUACAUAUCAAGUAGCAGUUGAAAACUUCAUUGCUCAAUUGAUGAGAUUGCUUGUGUUUAUUAACUCGAGCAUGGGUUUUUAUAUAUUUGUUUUUUCGGGAGCGGGAUUUCGUCAAGAAACAGGGCAACUUAUUGCUAAUUUUGUCAAAGUUGUAUUCGGUGAAAACAGUGGAAUUUAUCGCCUAGCACAAAAUCGGUUUGCAGCGUCUUCUGUAGUUCAAGUAGAUCAAUUCAAUCAAACAGCAACUGUACUUCAUCCUCAAUCAAACUUAGCCUAA